AUGGCCUCGUCUUCCGCACAUCCUUCGUUCCCGCCGCGCUCAUCCUACGUUGGUGGGAAACUACCCGACAGAUCUGCUUUGAACAAUAACCACCUCGCAUUUGGAGCUUCAGUUCUCUCACGACGGGAUCGGGGAGACUUUGCGGGAGGGGAUGGCGGGCUGGCGAAAUCAGCGCCCGCCCCGCCAGCACAUGCACAACAAAACCCGCACCAACAUCAACAACCCCAUAACAACCCGCUCAACGACUUGACGGAAGAACAAAGGGAAGAAAUCAACGAAGCUUUCACCCUCUUCGACCUAGACCGUGACCGCCAUCUAGACUACCAUGAGCUCCGCGUCGCCCUCCGCGCACUGGGCUUCACCCUCUCCAAACCUGACCUCAUCUCUCUCUUAACAACCUACGGUGUCCCUCGCAAUGCGCCACAAUCAUCGCAAGCACCGCCAUCGCAACAACAGCAGCGGGCGGCCGCGGCCGCGGGGCAGCGUGGAGCCAACCAGCCAGAACAGCCCCCGCAUCCAUCCAGUCUCCUCAUGCCCCUUUCUGCUUUCCAGACAAUCACUGCGCGCAAGAUCCUGGAGCGUGACCCGCGCGAGGAGAUUCUCAGAGCCUUCGAGCUGUUUGAUGAAGGGGGAAAGGGGUUUAUUGAUCUGGAGGACUUGAGGCGCGUGGCGAGGGAGCUGGGGGAGACGGGCUUGGAGGAAGAGGAGCUGAGGGCUAUGAUUGAGGAGUUUGAUUUGGAAGGAGUUGGAGGGGUGACGAGGGAGGGGUUUGUGGGGAUUUGUUUGCAGUGA